AUAAAGGGGCUCAGAGGGGUCCAGCAGUAGAAGGCAGAGAGGCCUAGCAUGAUGAUGUGGCUGCUGGUCCUGACUCUCCCCUGUCUGGGGGGCUCUGAGCCUAUGACCUCAGAUCCCGGCCCAGGGACUGAGCUGGUGGGCAUCGUGGGAGGACACGAUGCUUCAAAGGGGGCGUGGCCGUGGCAGGUGGGCCUGUGGUUCCGGAAUGAAGCUGACUUGGAUUGGAGUCUCAUUUGUGGGGGCUCCCUCAUCGACCCCCAGUGGGUGCUGACCGCUGCCCACUGCAUUCCAGGGAAAAACCCAAAACAUCAGCACUUUAAGGUCCAACUAGGAGGAGUGAGACCCUCAUGGCAUGACAGUGUGAUGGUGGCUAGGAUCAUCCGCCACCCGGAGUACAGGAUUGAGGAGCGAGUAAAAGGUGGGGCAGACGUGGCACUUCUCAAACUGGAGGCCUCCGUGGGACCAUCUAACCUCAUCAAGUGGAUCAGCCUCCCACCAGCCUCCUAUGCAUUCCCCACAGGCACCCGGUGCUUGGUGACUGGCUGGGGCAGGAUUGGUCCUGAAGAGCAGCUGCCAGAGCCCUACAAUCUGCAGGAAGUGGAGGUCCCCAUUGUGCCGGAUGAGAUCUGUAGGCAGCAAUACCUCCGUAUCGACAAGGUUGUCAAGGACGACAUGCUGUGUGCAGGGAGCCCGGGCCGGGACGCCUGUCAGGGUGACUCUGGGGGCCCCUUGGUCUGUAAAUGGAACCAAACCUGGGUCCAGGUAGGGGUGGUGAGUUGGUCAUACAAGUGCGGUCUUCCCGACUUUCCUGGAGUCUAUGCCCGAGUGACAUCCUACUUGCCUUGGAUUCGCCGUCAUAUUCCCUCCAUUCCUUGAGCCCGGGGCCGGGCAAGGGUGCUGCCCAUGUGAGAUGAAGACACGCUCUCCAUGGUGUCUGAGGAUCUCACUGUUCCUUCCCAAUGCCAGCUCUUCACAGCACCUAGCACCCUCCUUCACCGCCAGUCCCUCUGAGAUCCUCCUGCCUCUGCCACCUCCAUCAGUCUGUGACCCCUGACAGGCAAAAGGGAGAGGAGGGAUGUGGUCUGAGGUCAGGCGGGGCACUGCAGGCCUCCUGCCUCCUCCCCACCCUCUGUAGUUCAUUAAACUGCAUGAAAACU